AUGGAGGAACAAAGCUGGAUAAGAGGACCAAUCAUAGGGCGAGGCUCAACAGCUACUGUCUCACUUGCAAUCAAAAGCUCCGGUGACUUCUUCGCCGUCAAAUCCUCUGAGUUUUCUUCAUCGGAGUUUUUGCAGAGAGAAGAGUCGAUUCUGUCGAAGUUGAGCUCUCCUUACAUAGUCAAGUACAUUGGCUCUAAUGUAACGACGGAGAACGACAACAAGUCGAUGUAUAAUCUCCAGAUGGAGUAUGUUUCCGGCGGGAGUAUUCACGAUUUGAUCAAGAACUCCGGCGGGAAGUUACCGGAGCCGGCUACUGUCUCACUUGCAAUCAAAAGCUCCGGUGACUUCUUCGCCGUCAAAUCCUCUGAGUUUUCUUCAUCGGAGUUUUUGCAGAGAGAAGAGUCGAUUCUGUCGAAGUUGAGCUCUCCUUACAUAGUCAAGUACAUUGGCUCUAAUGUAACGACGGAGAACGACAACAAGUCGAUGUAUAAUCUCCAGAUGGAGUAUGUUUCCGGCGGGAGUAUUCACGAUUUGAUCAAGAACUCCGGCGGGAAGUUACCGGAGCCGGUGAUUAGAUCCUACACUCGUCAGAUAUUGAAAGGGUUGGUGUAUCUUCACGAACAAGGAAUCGUUCAUUGCGAUUUAAAGAGCCAGAAUGUGAUGAUCGGAGGAGAGACCGCGAAGAUCGUCGAUUUGGGCUGUGCUAAAACGGUGGUGGGAGAGUAUGAGAAUCUUGAAUUUUCCGGUACACCGGCGUUUAUGUCUCCGGAGGUAGCGCGUGGUGAAGAACAGAGUUUUCCAGCUGAUGUGUGGGCUUUGGGGUGUACGGUGAUAGAGAUGGCUACAGGGUCAAGUCCUUGGCCGGAGUUAAACGACGUCGUUGCUGCGAUUUACAAGAUUGGUUUCUCCGGUGAGUCGCCGGUGAUUCCGGUUUGGUUAUCGGAUAAAGGUCAAGACUUUUUGAAGAAUUGUCUUAAGAAAGAUCCAAAACAGAGAUGGAACGUUCAAGAAUUGCUUCAACAUUCGUUUCUUGAUGAGGAAGACGAAGCUUGUAAUGGUCUAAGUUCUUCAUCUCCUAGUACUGUGUUGGAUCAAGGUUUUUGGGAUUUAUGUGAAACCUCGAGAAGUAGAUUAGUUAAAAGAGCUGAUCAAGAAGACGUAUUUGUAAAUGCUUGGGGUGAUUCUUUAGUACCGGGUGAUCGGAUCAAGAAACUCGCCGGAGAUGAACCAGAAUGGGAAACUGACGGUUGGAUUGACGUAAGGGGAGAGAUAGAGAAACGUAACGAAGACGAAGAUGAGAAUUGCGUAGAAGCAACGUCAUUGGAGGAGGAGGAAGAGGAAGAAGUGGGAGGAGGAUUUGAUGAGAAUUGGAUCUGGGAUCAAGAAGACAGCUUCUUCUUGGAAUAUUCCCCUGAGAACAACAUUAAUUACUUUUACUCUUUUAAUAACCUCUUUCAAGAAGAUAUCAUUCUAUAUUAUUAUGAUCAUCUUGAAUAUGGUUUUGUUGUACCUAAAGUUAAUGAUGAUAUUAUUAAUAACAAGAUUCAUUUCUUUGCCCACAUUUACAAGUUCUUGUUUGUUUUAGAGAUUUACUUUAUUACAAUCGAUCGAUUCGACGCCGUUUUUGAUAGUUACACCGGAAAGUGUAUAGUGGGGAUUAUUCUAAGGAGCAACAAGUGA